AUGGGCUUCAAGGCCAGACUCCUCUUUCGGCUGCUCUGCCUCCUGCUCCACGUCCAAGCACUACUCGCGCUCGAGACCGUCAGCGAGUUCGGAGAAGACUGGCCGCAUACCUGCGUUCAGAACUGCCUUGGCCGGUGGCCCAUGGAAUACUCGAACGUCGGGAGUGAGCUCAAGUGCGACGAGCCAUUCUACAAUGAUUGUUACUGCGCCACGGCGGCGGCAUCCGCAUCCAAGGCCUCAUCGUUCCUGGAAGCAUGCGCUUCGACGGCAUGCCGAGGAGGCGACUUCUCCUUGGAUCUCUCGGCGAUGGAGUCCAUAUACGCAUCGUACUGCAUGGCGAACGGCUUCACACAGCCGGGAGCAACCAACUGGUACAACCCCGCCACUGCCACCCAGGGUCUGGCCCAGGACACCACCCAUGUCACGCAGACGACAACCUCCGGCUCCCUUGCCGACUCUUCCUCGCAGCCGUGGGCCACCGUCGACGCCACGUCCACCAUCUGGGUCAACUCCGCCGGCUCCGUCAUCGCCGCCGCCACACCGUCCUCCACCAACAGCAGCACCAACAAUCUCGCCCUGGGCCUCGGCGUGGGUAUCACCGCUCUCCUAGCCCUCGCGGCAGCAGGAAUCGCGGGCUGGAUGUGCCUCCGGCGCAGGCGCAUGCGCAGCAGACAACCACAACACCCGCAACCGCUCAGGCCAGGCAGCCCCAACGACCCGCUCGUCCCGGCGAUGGGUGACGUCCCCGCAGUAACUCCGCCGCCGCCUAUCCCGCGAAAGGCGGUCGCGGCCAUUCCCGCCAAGCCGCCCAGCCCCCUCUCCCCGGAGCCGAAAACGUGGAAGCUCGGCGGCGGCCAGGGCGUGCGCCGCGAGCUGGGCGGGAGGGAGUUGCACCCGUUUCCGGACGUCGCCCUGCGCCCGCCGCCGCGGUAUUACCACGCGGUGAGGAACAGUGGGGCGCCGGCUGGUCGUGAGUGGUGGGAGCUUCCGGGGAAUUGCAACCCCUUUAAAAACACAUGCCAGAUUUUUUAG